AUGCGUAUAUCAUAACAUAUUGUAACAUCAUCUAGUAAAGUCAACUCUGUCAUAAUCAUCGUCAAUAAAUUUGGCUAUUAAAUUGUAUUGCUUUGUUUGAACUUUAUCCACCAUUACCAUACUGUGCGCAACUAUUUUAAGAUUAUAAGUUGACAUAUGAAGAGACAUGCCACAAUAUCGACCGCUUUUCAGCCAAAGAGACGAUGACGACUUUGGUUCAGGGGUUAGCGGCCCACCGCCAAUACCGGGUGGCCCGGCCUUCUCCAGCGGGGAAGUUUCCCGUACUGGCACUGCUGAGUAUACGCUGUACAAAAGGAGGUGGCUUGUUGUUGCAGUCCUUGCCUUGUUGAACAUUUCAAGUGCCCUGACCUGGAUUAGCUUUGCCCCAAUCGCUAAUUAUGCAGCUGUGUAUCUCAAUACGACGGAUGCUAACAUCAACUGGCUCUCGACUGUAUACAUGGUCACUACUCCUUUCGGUUUCAUCGCUGUGUGGAUAUUAGACACCUAUGGCCUUGCACCAGUCAUCAUCCUCGGGGCAUGCUGUAACACUCUCGGCCUGGUCAUCCGCUACCUGUCUGUGUUCAGCUUCUUCAGUAGCCACCGGUAUCUGGUUGUGAUGGUAGGGCAGGGCGUGGCAUCCUUAGCCCAGCCAUGCUUCCUCUUCACCCCCACCAAGGUGGCAGCUCUCUGGUUUCCGGAGGGGCAGAGGACCACGGCAAACACAGUAGGGUCGACGUCCAACCCCCUUGGAAUCCUCAUCGGGCUGCUCCUCUCGUCGAUGCUAGUUACGGAGCCACAUGAAAUGGAAUCAUUGUUGAUGGUGUACAUGAUACCUGGCGUUGUAACUGGAGUGCUAGCCAUCGUAGUCAUGUGUUACUGUAAGAAUGCCCCGCCUACUCCACCCAGUGCAAGUGCAGCAUCCCAUCAUGCAUCAUUCUUCUCCGGGUUAAAACAGAUUGUACGGGUCAAAGCUUUCUGGGUGUUAUUUAUCGUUUUUGGUGCCGGACUAGCAGUCUUCAACUCCAUCAUAUCUCUUAUAGAGGAAGUGUUGUGCCCACUAGGCUACAGUGAUAAUUUCUCUGGUAUAUGUGGGGCUGUCUUGAUAGCCAGUGGCAUCCUGGGAGCCUUCGUAUCUGGGUUAUACGUUGAUAGGACGAAGAAGUUUGCUCUCGUUGCCAAGGUCUCCUUUGCCCUCUGUGCAGUGUGUAUAGUAGCUCUGUCAGUGGUAACGAGAUACCCAAAUAUACCUGCAGCUAUUCUUGGUGUUUGUGGAGCUUUAGGUUUCUUUGGGUUCGCCCAGUUCCCGGUCUCUCUGGAGCUUGGUGUGGAGGCGACGUAUCCGGUAUCGGAGGGUACGAGUGCAGGCUUCCUCAUCAUGUCUGGUCAGGUUCAAGGUUUCCUCCUCAUGCUGGCUGCAGAGUGGUUAGCCAGACCCCUUACAUCUCAAGAACAACUCUUAACUCCUGCAAGGUCGCUCCGACCGUUCCUUCCGUCACCACGGCAUCUCUCUUUCAAGACGGUGUAGAAGACAUAGAGGAUCUACUUGUUGGCAAUGCGGUGUCACAAGACAUGACUGUAACAAUGAUGUUUUUCGGGGGCUAUGCGACCCUCGCUGCCAUCCUCUUCAUCCUGGGCUUCCACACCAGGUAUAAGCGCUUGCGAGCAGAGCACUGCAAUGCUGCAGAUGCCAUUCUCAACUUCAGCCGACAAAACAGUAACAACAGGCAAAACGUGAUAUACUGAUCCCCACCCCGAACGAAGCACGUGUGUGCCAGAGGAGAUCUGAUGUGCUGUUUAACCCGAUGACUACCGAAUUCUGUCAUUCCCAUUGAGAGACUACCAGGUUCUCAGAGGGAACGGGUUAAGAACUUAAGAUGGUUCCGUUCUCAUAUGACCUGCACUUCCGGUGGGUUUGAACAUCGUUAUGUUCAGUCUUCCUAUACAAAUAGCUUAGAGAGACCGCCUCAUGCAUGCUACGUAUGUUAACCACCAUAAGAGUAGAUGAUGUUUGUCUCAUCGGAAGAAGAAAGUCAUUAGUUACUUCACAGUCCAUCAUGCACUUAAGAAAACAACUUUUUUUUAAACCUCUCCUUUCUACAAAAUGUGAUUCCAGAAGAUACUAAUUGAGAGUAGUUGUAUAUCUCUCAGUAGUUUAUCUGAAAUAGAACAGAUCCAUGCAAUUAAUAGCUGUUAAAGUGUAUUUUAAAGUAAAAACUUCUUUGUUUCUGUUUAAGUUUUUUGUUCUUUCAGAAAAAUCAUGUCAAUUAAUGAAAUAUAUAUUUUCGUACAUACAUCAAUGUACUGUAAAAAAAAAUAAUGGAUGUUUUACGGCAUUUUAUGUGGUGUAUUCUA